AUGUCGAAAAAAAAAUUAACCUUAGAAGAUGCUUGCGCAAUUGCUAGAAAUCGGGGUGGACAGUGUCUUUCUACUCAAUAUACUACUAAUAAAGAUCUAUUAUUAUGGUGUUGCUCGAAUAAUCAUGAAUGGCGCGCAUCUCUUAGUCAUAUAAAAUAUAGCAAGUCAUGGUAUCCACAUUGUGCAAAAGUGGCUUGCUAUACUAUUAAGGAUCGUUGUUCAAAUUAUCAUGAAUGGUAUGCACACCUUAAUAAUAUAAAAAAUCAAAAUCAGUGGUGCCCAUAUUGCGCAAACAGAGUUUCCCAUACUAUUGAAGAUGCUAGACAAAUUGCAAUUAAUCGAAAUAGAAAAUGUCUUUUAACAGAAUAUAUUAAUAUAGCUUGUCAUAGUAUCGAGGAUGCUAAAAAAAUUGCAAUUAGUCGAAAUAGAGAUUGCAUAUCUACAAUUUAUUAUAAUAAUCACUUACCUUUACUAUGGCGAUGUGAAAAUAACUAUAUAUUUACUGCUACUCUUAAUGCUAUUAAAAAUCAACACACCUGGUAUCCUUUCUGUUCAAAGAAACAUAAGGAUUUAUGUCGCAAAAUCAUAACAAAAUAUCUUGGUUCACCUUCGCCAAUUCGUAAACCCGAUUUCUUAAAAACUCCAGAAUACCCAACUGGACUAGAACUCGAUAUUUCAUACUAUGAUUACGGCUUUGUGAUUGAAGUGCAAGGUAUACAACAUGAACAUCAAAUCAAAUUCUUUCAUCCAAAUUUUGAAGAUUUCGAGAAACAGCAAACUUGGGAUCAACUCACGGAAGAACUCUGCGAAGAAAAUUGGAUAGCAUUAAGAUAU